CCGGUCCCCUUACUCUAUAAGAAGGCAAUCACCUCCUCUGUUCUUGAUUUUUCUGAAAAUAGAGAGGGAUAAAAAAAAUGCUUGCUGCUAAUACCACUCCCACUAUCAAGUUUCAUCUCCCCUCUUCUUCGGGAAUUCUCUUCUCUUCAGACCUCAACUCCAUUCCUUUCUCUCCCUCAUCAAACGCAAGAUUCAAUUCCUCGCGCUCGGUCCGUUCCCUUCGAAUCAGAAGUGCGGCCACCAAACCUGCUAAGUCACCUGCUGAAGAAGACUGGAAGAUCAAGCGUGAGUAUCUACUUCAGAAAAGGGUACGCAGUGUUGAAGUAAAGGAGGCUUUGCGCCUUCAAAACGAAAACAACUUUGUUAUUCUAGAUGUUCGCCCUGAAGCAGAAUUUAAGGAGUCUCAUCCACCAGGUGCUAUUAAUGUACAAAUAUAUCGACUUAUAAAGGAAUGGACUGCAUGGGAUAUUGCUCGGCGUGCUGCAUUUGCAUUUUUUGGGAUAUUCUCUGGAACAGAAGAGAAUCCUGAGUUUAUACAAAAUGUGGAGUCCAAACUUGAUAAAGAUGCAAAAAUUAUAGUAGCAUGCUCAUCAGGGGGAACAAUGAGACCAUCACAAAAUCUUCCAGAAGGCCAACAAUCCAGAUCUCUGAUAGCAGCCUACUUGCUGGUCCUGAAUGGAUAUAAAAAUGUAUUUCAUUUAGAUGGAGGGCUCUAUUCAUGGUUCAAAGAAGGGCUACCUGUUGUUGCAGAAACAGAGUGAGAGGCUGAGAUUAGAUUAUAACUUCUUAGCACUAGAUUUUGUUCCAAGCUACAUAAUUUAUGAUGUUCUUAACAUUUAAGAGCUCUAUAUAUGUAUUCCAUGGCACAUGAGGAAGCUUUUUCUCACUCCCCCAACUUUCAAAUAAAGCUUUGUUUUAUGACAUUAGAGAGUAUGCACUCAGUCUGGUAUCUUAAAAUGGCUUGAUUCUAGCCUUUCAA